UUUAAUUAGUAGGUGUGGUUUGUUGUGUAGGCGUGGUUUUUACUCGAAAAGAAUGUCUGUGCUGGAAAGGAUCCCUUCUCCUUCUUCUCUCUCAUCUCCUCCUUACGUUGAGGUUGAGCUUAUGAGACGUACCUCACAGAGACGGGACUCUGAAGUAUUGAAGAAGAGAGUCUACGUUACUGAAGUAAACGGGACUGUAUCUCUUGACCUCUACUCGGGCUGGGCUUUGGAAGGCGAAGAACACAAGUUUAAACUAUACCAGCUUCCCAUCAAAGUCUGCUCUUUCACUAAUCUACAGAAGCUUUGGGUCUCUCACAACAAUCUGGCCGAGCUACCAGGCCAGAUUGAUCAGUUGAUCAAUCUAAAGGAGCUUUAUUUGCACCAUAAUGCUUUCACAGCUGUACCGUCGCGUCUUCUAAAACUAGAAAAUUUAGAAAUCCUUUGGCUUUCCUCUAAUUAUAUAACCUCCGUCCCUCCCGAAAUAAAUCUCCUAACGAACUUACGCCAUCUUCAUCUCGAACACAAUGAGAUAGCCCAGUACCAGGAGUCUUUGAACGACCUUCCUAACCUUUCUGUUCUCUACCUAAAUCACAAUAACCUCCAGGCCCUAUCUUACAAUAUUCACAAACUGUCUCAGACCCUGCGCCGUCUGUACCUCCAAUACAACAAGCUUCAAACUUUACCUGAGACAAUAUGUACUUUAGAAAAACUCGAGAUUUUGUAUUUGGAGAAUAACGAGAUUAACACCGUCCCGCAAAACUUUCAGCCUUUCUGUCAGAAGAUUGAAACAGAUAACAAAGGUGUCGUCAAAGUUAGCAAUAACCCAUAUGUGACUCCUCGUUCACGAGUUAAGUUAAGUGUCGGUGCCCCACCAAACGUCCAAGGCCUCCAAAUAUCGUCAAAUACGCGUCGCCAUUCUGAUUACACUGGGCCGCUGGGCGACGGUAUUAAUCCGAGCCGUUCUAGUCGGUUUUCUGUUCCGGCUGGUGGUAUCUUACCUGAUGAUAGAGAAGAUUUGAAGAAGAAAUCUUCAACUUUGCGUCACUGACGACAAAUCAAAUUAUCGAGUAAUCAACAGAACUGAUAUUUUUCUCUUCUUUUUGAAUUUUGUUUAAUUUUUCAUUCAUUGUAAUGUGCCUACUAGAGCCAUAAAAAUUAA